UGGCGCCAUACCAGGAGCGGCCGCGUCGAGCGCUAGCAGACUAACUUCAGCUAACAAGUUCCUCGCUCGUAAAGCUGGUUCUUCCAGAGAUCCGGAGCCGACGGGAGACCACUAUGCCUUUAUGCCGACGCCCGUCGAGCCGUCGAUGCAACUUCUGCAGUCCUCCAUAGCGCCUGUCCUAACCUACGCGGCCGCAGCUGCAUUGGAACCGUCGUCAGUCGAAACGUCACCGUCAGAGCCAAUGGAGGGCAUCGCGCCUGUCCGAAUAGACCGAACACCUCUCCUCGAAGAGACGCUGCUUGUUAGAGACAGCUUUCCCGUGGACCGCUCCUUCAGUCCUCGAAGCCGCGUUUCAGGAGAAAUGGCAGCUUCUCAGGAUUCCUUAGACGAGAGAACGGAGGGAAGCCGGAGUCCCUCAGUUCAUCUGCAAUCGGGUCAAGAAAUGAACUUAGCGCUCCGAAGAAGUUUUACCUUCUCCCCUGUGCUGUCAAAUUACAGCAGUGCCGACGUCCGCAGCCGGACAGGACAGGAGCAAUCGCAGCAAGGUCGAUCUUUCGUGGUCGAGGGCCUCGCGAGUGACUUUACAAGUACCCCGGCUACCAGUCCAAGUAAAGCGAGUGCUGCUCCUGUUUCACCUCCAACAAUGGUUCUCGAAGGGCAACACGUAGAAGUUGCAACUGCAAUGAAUACUGCCGAGGAACCAGGACAGCUGAUACUGGACACGACACAAAGAGAAUCUCAAUCUACUCUUUCGUUGCUGGGUAGAGCUAAAGGUAAUGUCCUCGAGUUCUCCUGCUCGAAAACCACUCCCGGACGGCGGGACGAACCCACUAGGAACCCUGCAACAGGGUCCAAGCGGGCGGUCCAUCAAGAGCGGGAAAUGGGCGCUGAGCCGCCAUUGGGCGCUGAAGCUCCUUCGGGAGAGGUCUCUUCGUUGCUGCCUGCGGCUCUUGGGCUGAUGAGCAGUGGCGCAUUGCCUCCGCAACCUGGCGGCCUCCAGAAAACAUCUUCAUCUUCGUUGACAUUACCCAUCGCUGCCUCUGCUAGUAGAAGACCGGGAUCGCCUGUGCGUGUCACUCUAAGCGAGUGUGCCUCCUUUCAAGGUGAGGCAUGGGAGAGAACGCUUGCGGAACGAACAGCCUUGAUCCAAGAACACUACGCUUUGAUGAAACAACAACAGCGUCAACUUGAUUCAUCUCUGGGCCUGGAACAGCCGCGGCCACUUGACAACGAUGUCCCGAUGCCUAAAAAACUCCUGAUUCCUCCCUAUGCCCCUUGUGACGAAGACUUUGCCUUCGAGUCAGAUGAAAAGGAAAUCCAUUCCCAACAACUGCCCCUUACACCGCACAUUGAACACGAGUAUAACAACAACAGGAAGGACGUCCUCGACAAGGUGGAAGAUCUUGGUGGAAGAGCAUCUUCAACAUCUUCUUGUCUAGCACAUAAAGAUAGCAAGCAACUACAUCUCCACGACGAGAGCAAAUCACGGAUAGCCAUCGCAUCGCAGCAACUACACGCCACGGGCACUCGACGUGAACCUUGCCGACAACAGAGGGAGAAGACUGCGAUCCCCACCACAGUUGGCGGCACCAUGGUGGAAACUCCAUCAUUUGGACGCAGUGGGAUGCUGGUGGAAGCGCCUUCAUGUUACGACGAACUGCACCAGAGUAGACCACUCGAUACUAUUGUCAUUUUCACCAUUGAUAUCAAUGAAAUAUCUUAUUAUAGUUAGACUGUGUAAAGGCUAAGGCAGUAGAAGUAGAACUAGCACUCUAAUAUCUUGGUGUCUGUAUCAUCGUUUUCUGCGUGUCAUUAGACUCUGCCCUAGAGUACCAGAUACUUCCGCUUUACAACAGCAGAUGCAUCAACAUACUACUGUUCUUGUAGAUUUAGAAGAAUCUUCUACUUCUAACGAGAGGCCUGGUUCAGCGAUGCUUCCAGGUAUAGUUACGGUCAAGAGACGGUGGACCUGAAAUCGGAGUCACGAUUCGACGAAUUCCAGCUCCGGCUGACAACGGGGCACACGAUUGCUCCUCCCGCCACUUGUGCAACGCCUCCGAUGCAGCUGAGAGAGACGGACACUACUAAUAAUCAACAGGCCACACAGACCUCAAACUUGAGCCAAGAAAGGUCUUCGUCCGCACCCGCUGCGUGCGCCGCGCCGAUCCAAAGGAUGGUGGCACGAAUUGAGAUUUGGCGCAUGGCGCAGGAGACGGCGCUUUGGGCUCUAGACAUUGAGCUGUGGAAUGAGGACGACAUUGGCCUCUUCAUAAGAUGGAGGCUCAGGACUGCAUCCGGGCCACCCAUCCUGAGACAAGUGUAA